GCAAUUUCAAAUCUUCCCACUGAGCUCCGUCGGCGAACUUCCUCUCCGGUGUCGUCGUCUUCUCUUCUCCCGUUGAACGUUAACCGUUAGCUCGUACCUCUGAAUCAACAACUGUAAAUCAACUCAAUCGUAAAUUGUCAAUAAGAAAGGGAUUUUGCCAUGUCUGCGCCUGCUAAAAAAAGUUCUACUAAAGCUAAGGAGAAAGAUCUUAUCCUCGACAACGACAUGGACAAAAAUACAUGGAACUUUGCAGAUGACUCCAUGGAUUUUGCCUUUGAGUCGCCAGCUAAUAAGAAGAAGAAUGUCUUCAAGAUGGAUAUGGGUUUCGAUCUUGAUGGAGAUUUUGGAAAUGUAUCAUCGUUCAAAGUGGACAUGCCAGACUUUGAUUUGUCCAGCCCAGCCAAGAAAACCACAAAAACGAAAGAGAGCCCUGGUGAUAAGUCCAGUGGAGAUUUAAAGCAGAAAAAGAAUCUAUUUGACUUCUCUUAUGACUUUGAUGCGUUAGACGACUUUGAUUCAAGCCCACCGAAGAAGGGAACCAAGACAACGACUAAGGUCAUGGAUUUCGAAGACAUUUCUGCUAUAAGUAAAAUUGAUAAGUCUGACUCUUUGGACUUUGGUGAAGACUUACCAAUAACUAGACAAGCUGCCUCCGUGAUAAACACCGAUGUUAAGGAAAAAGCUUCUGCUGGAAAAGAGAACAUAAACUCCAAGACUACAGAUACUAUGCUUGUGGAUAGUAGCGCACACUUGAAGCAAGCUACAGAAGAGAGGAUGGAGAAUUCUGAGGCAAUGGAAUCACCUACUCGUACAAUGUGUCUGCAACCUCAAUCUGUAAGCACUUCACCAUUGAAGACAUCAUGUGCAAUGGUUGAAGAUACAGAUGAUCCAUGUUUUCCAAACGAGACCGCAGCACCCUCCCCGUUACAUCCUUCUGAGAAUACACCUAAUGCCGAAAACAGAGAAACCAGUCCAGAUAUCCAUGAAAUCUGCAGGUCUAGUUCAAACGAAGACUGUCCUAGAGAUACAGAACAGAAUGCGAACGAUGAAAAGAUUUCCACCAUGGACUCAAGCUAUGAAAUGGCUGAACAGACUAAACCAAGCAUCUCAUCUCAGUUAUGUUUGGUCAAGAUGGAUCAUCAACAGGAAGAAAUGGGUACAGGGACUCAGGCAGAAAAGCAGGGUCACACUACAAGAGCAUCAUCUGAUCCAGAUCAUGGACUUCUUCAACCAAAUCUCUCAGGAAAAAUAUCACCAGGCUCUCGUCUAAGCCAAGCUGCCCAAGUACAAGAUUCGAGUGGAAAACUAUCACUGGAUCCAUCGCACAGCGUGCCAGGGCUCAGUGAUUUAAAGACCAUGCAAAACAAAGACUCAGGACUUAUCAGAUCCAAAUUUUUUAAGAAGACAGAAAAACCACAAUCCCAUGUGAUGGAGUCCUCCCUGACUCAAACAGAGAGUCGGCCAGUGACCGGGGAAAAGAUUGCGGUUAAUAUGAACCUUACAAAUGAUAGAAGACAUGAGAUCAAAGAUGAGUUGCCUGGAUCCAAAACAAGAACAUGUCAAGUUGAGCUUGUGAAAACGGAUUCUGAAACAGCAAAUGUCAGUUCUAUCAGUUCUCAUGAAAAGAUAAUCCACAAGGACCAUUCAAAUGCCAAGACUGCAGAACAUAUGGGUGGACAGUUGGAUCAUUUAAAGCUGCAAGCUAAAAAUACAACCAGAGGGAAGUCCAUCUUGCAGAUCAAUAUAAGCUCAAAACUCAAUGCUUCUAGCUUGACUCAGAAGCUAAGUAAAAAUCUGAGUUCUGGAGCAGAAUCUUUGCAGAAGUCCAAGUUGGUAUCUCUUGAAAUGCCUAAAUUUGGAAAUAUGGUGUCUGAUCUGCGUUCUGCGAGAACUCAAAGGACUAUUGGAGUAACUAAAGACCAAUCCAGUUCGUUGGUGCAACCAGUAGUGAACUCUACAAUAAGCAAGGAGAGAAAUACCGAAGCAUCAGUUAAAAAAGGCUCUGAGUCUCAUCAUUUGGCUCCUAGAGACAAAACUCAACUCCUGGACUACCCAUCUUCUUUAAAGCGGAAAGCUCUUGAUGAGGAUGCAGAUAGAUCACUGAAGCCACAACUUAAACGCUUUUCCAUGUUUCCAAGAGAAAACAGGAACGUUGAGGAUUUCACACAUAGAGUUGCGCAAGGAAAGUUCUCAAGCCAAGAGAGUAGAAUAGAUAAUAAGACAACCAAGGAGCUUGUGGAAAAAAGUCCACGGAGUACGUCUAAUCACCACAUCAUAAACAUGGCAAAUCUGGAAAUCCCAGUCACGGAGAAUUCUGAUAACAUAGAGAAAGCUGGAGCAUAUACAAAAGAACUCGAGAGUAUUUGCAACAUUCUGAAGAAGAAACAUGAGGAAGCAAAAGACUUACUUGUCCGUUCUGUAGUAAACAGCAAUAAGCUCCUGAUGCUCAACCAUCCUUUACAUGAAGAAAAGGUUCGUAUGAUCCAGAAGUUCGCAGCCAAGUUGAGUUUAAGGGACACUCAAACCACCACUGUUGCUUAAGAGGUAAAGGAUUCUCUCAGAUUGAAUAUUUGGUUAAUGGUUAAUGGCAUUUCAAUUGAAUGCAAGUUAUAACACACAAAUACAUUCAUACUAACACAUACACUGGAUAUAUCUAGGGCCCUACCAAAUAGUGUGCAUGCGUACAUUACUAGCAGAUAAAUCCCAUGGGCUCGGAAAUGAUGUAGUCCCUUUGGGCCCAAUUUUGAUAAAUUGAUUUUCUGUUAGAAAAGAAAAAAAACUCGGGUCGUUCCCUCCACUUCUUGGCGCACAUCCCAAACCAAAUGUGGCGCGUAAAACUGUGCUAAUUCCAGUGAAAUGAUUUGAUCUCUUCAAGUCAAAAGUCAACACUUUAAAUAGUACCAAAAACAAAACCAAAAUUUUGAACCAAAAUAGAAACGGAGAUUUUAUUCUUUCUAACACGAGUUCCCUCCAUAACACAGAGCCCUUUUCCAAGUUUCGGAAAAUUUUAGAACCAUCCUCAAAAACCAAAAAAAAACUCCCUCCAGAGAAACGAAAACACCAAAUCUCAGAUCUAUGAACUUCCAAAUCUGUUUCAAAGUCCCUCCUAUUCACAUACUUCAUAUACAGUUCGUCAGUUCCUCCUCCUUUCCUCAAGUCCAUCUCUCUCUAUCUCUCUCUCAUCAACACUCUUAUCUUAUCUCUUUAGCUGUGCA